AUGCGAAGAAGGGGGCUGCUCGACUCGACUUCGGAGGCAGCGGCGAAGGGCAUCGACCUCGACCACUCGUCCCUGCAUUACUCUGCGCUCGCCUCUGCCGUGAUCAAGCCGCAUUCCGAGCUUCGCGAAGCGAUCCUUCUCAUCCUUCUUCGUUUCGUGCGGAAAGUCAACCAUACCGCAGCUUUCUGGCUAGCAGGGUCUGGAUCAAUCGAGUGGGCUGCCAAGUUGCUGAACGCCUGGGACAGUCAGCAGGACCUUCCGCCCCUCACCAGACUACUACAGAUACUAAUUGACAUUGCCCCCCUCGAAGCCGAAGCGUGGAUUGUCGAGCAUCUUCCGCCUCACCCGGCACCGGACAGUUUGACUGGCUAUGGUCCUCUGCCUCGCCUCGACAUCGAUCCUCCGCCUGACGCGCCACGCGCUAGUUCUACUUCCGACAGCAGCGUAUCUGUCUCGCCUGAUCCGCCAUCUUCGAAGCACGAUGCCGACCGUUUCGAAUCGCCAGCAACGAGUCUCUCCGAUGCCUGUGCCCCUUCAAGCUCACCGUCCGCGUCUCUCCAGAGCUCUCCUCAAGCGAGUUACGUAACUACGCGCGCCCCAGAGCAGCUCGCCGCUCGUCAACCUACCCCCGCCGCGCCUCGCCAGCAAGUGCAGAUGCCGCACCAACCGGUUCCGGUCGAGCUCGAGCUCGGCAACCUCCCUCUCGACGCGAUUGACGAGGAGGUUCUCCGACUCUUUCAGCACUUCCGCUUGAACCCCUCGCUCGUCUCCGUCCGCAACUUCAGUCGCAGCAAGACCGCCACUCUUCGAGUCGCUUCCGAGGAGGAGUUCCAAGCCGCUUCUGCCGCCUUGCAGGACGCUCAGCUACGAGGUCACAAGCUCCUCGUUGCCCGCCUCUCUCACCGGCCGACUCCGCGCGACCCGGUCGUCAUCCUCCGCAACCUCCCGCCCUCUUCGCGUCCGCAGACUCUUCACGACCUCGUCGUCCAAGCGAAGUGCGGCGGCUACCACAGCUGCAUCAGGCAACAGGGUCAGACGAGCUGCACGGGCGUCUUCGGGGUACCGAGCGAGGAGGCGGCGCGCCUUACGGUCUCGAGACUGAACGGCUUGCUCGUGUCGGGGCGGAAGAUUCGGGCGGAGUGGCGGAGGGCAUCCUGA